UGUCACAUGAUCAUUUUCUGUCAAAAUGUCGAAGGUGCCGCCAGGGUUUCGAGUCUUGCCGAGAACAGGUUGCAACAGAAAUGUAGCAUAUCGCCUGUUCAUCAUUGUCUUCACCUUCUUCUGUUAUACCUGCUACCAUCUGUCUCGGAAACCAAUCAGCGUUGUCAAGAGUGUAUUUCAUCGUAACUGUAGCCACUUUCUAUUUCCAUCCAAUGAAAACAUUUCAAACUACAAGACAUGGUGUGAUUGGGCCCCCUUUGAUCAGAACAACUAUGAGGAACUGCUGGGAAGUUUGGACUAUGCAUUUCUUUUCUCCAACGCCAUCUGCAUGUUCAUCAGUGGCCAUAUUGCUGAACGGAUGAACCUGCGGUACUUCCUGGCUCUAGGCAUGCUGGGAACUGGGGCUGCCACAGCCAUGUUUGGUUUGGGGUAUUUCUUGAAUAUACACUCGCUGGCCUUCUAUGUGAUUGUCCAGAUAGUGGCAGGAGCGCUGCAGUCAACAGGCUGGCCCAGUGUUGUGGCCUGCAUGGGGAACUGGUACGGCAAGGGGAAACGGGGUCUCAUCAUGGGGUUAUGGAACUCGCACACCUCAGUCGGCAACAUCCUCGGUUCUGUCAUCCCUGGGAUAUUCGUCGACCAUUCCUGGGGCUGGUCCUUCGUGGUGCCCGGUAUCAUCAUCGCUGUCUUUGGCGUCCUCACCUUCUUCUUCCUGGUCCCAAAACCAGAAGAUGUUGGCUGCAGUUUGCCAGAUCACCAGGGAACUAGUGUGGUCGCUAAUGUGGAGGUAGAUGUAGAGGUCGAGGCCACUCCCACUUCAUCCAAGUACGACGACCCCGACCGUGAUGACCAGCCCCUGUUGAAGAAGAAAGAGGACAAAGCUAUUACAAUACUUGAUGCCAUGAGAAUACCUGGUGUGGUAGAGUUUGCUCUCUGUCUGUUCUUUGCCAAAUUGGUCAGCUACACAUUUCUGUUCUGGCUGCCCAAAUACAUCUCUGCCAAAACUAGUUACAGUGCACAGACUUCAGCGGAUCUCUCAGCAUUGUUUGAUGUUGGAGGAAUUGUCGGUGGAAUCUUAGCGGGUGUGAUAUCGGACUUCACAGGGGCAAGGGCGUCUACAUGUAUGGUCAUGUUGUUCCUGGCAGCCCCUAUGAUGUAUGUGUAUGACCUGUUUGGAAGUUUAGACUACACACGGAACAUAUGUUUACUCAUGGUGGUUGGGGCACUGGUGAAUGGACCAUAUGCUCUCAUCACAACAGCUGUCAGUGCUGAUCUUGGCACCCACAGGAGUCUGCAAGGCAAUGCUAAGGCAGUUGCCACAGUAACAGCAUUUAUUGAUGGCACAGGAAGUAUAGGCGCUGCUCUUGGCCCUUUGCUGACUGGGCUGAUCUCGCCCACUGGCUGGAACAAUGUCUUCUACAUGCUGAUUGCGGCCGACCUGGCGGCACUGCUGCUCCUGAUCCGACUUGUGACCAAGGAAAUCAUGGCUCAUGUUGCGUCACGACGGGCGCGUCGGCGUGACCACAUACAGUGAUGACGUGGUAAUUAGCUUGAUUCCUGUAAUACUCCUCAGCAACUAUUGGAUACUUCUCCGCCAGCAUGUGCCUUAUGUACAAAGAUGUUUUCAGUCUUGUGAUUGUUGAAGUCUUCCAGACAAACUCACCUCCCUUUACUGUAUCCAUGACAACAAAACAAAAGUUAUAUUUAAUGACCUGCUGUUAAAUAUUGUUUUCAGGCAGUGAAAGAAUAAGAGAAAUCAAAAUAUAGUCUGCAUAUAUUAGAUUUCAAGAUGUUAUAUUUUCCAUGAAAUUGACUUUUUGUACAAUUGUGUAUUCAUACCCUUUAAUUUGCACCUUCUUCACUGUGUUAUAGACAAAAUGGCCAGAUAUGUAGAGCUCACAAGUACUAUCAUCUUUCAUGGAUUAUGUUUUCUCUCAGGAUUUAGAGUUUAAUCUGACUGAAUGAAAAUAUGAUGAUUGCCCCAAGUUUUAGCUUAGUUUUGAAGAUGUUCCUCACUAUUGUCUCACCAACUCCAAUCUUUAAUUCUGAAACAGUACUUCUCCUUGAAUAUCUUAGAACAUCUCCAGCAAACAUUCACCAAUCCGCAUUUAUACCCAAA